UGGAGACGAAAGACUUAGAAAUAGUAUAUAAAAAAAAUUAACACCUGAAUGUUUUACUGCAACACAUCGUGGAAAUUGAUAUUUUAUUCAGGCAGCGUGAUUUUUGUGCUUCUGUGUGGGGGCAUUUUGCCUUAUGAGUGCCAUUGUAUUUGUGGGGGGAUUGGAUGUUUUAGCAAAAGUGCGUUGUAUGUUUGAAAAUUAUUCCGCGCGAUCCGCCAAUUCAGAAUCAUUCCUCGCUCAGAUCGUCUCGUGAUCAGAUGCAGUCUCUGCAGUAAAAGUUUCUUCUACUUCUCAUUUGUUACGGAAGUCUUUUUUUUGUGAAUUGUGUGUGCCCUCUAAGGUGGGCACUACUCAAUUCAAUUGCUUUUUAAGUCUCAACUUCAAAUUACUUUCUAAAUCUUUCGCGAGUGUGUGGUGUUGGUGAAUUUUGCGUGUGAAAAGCGUGCCAUCGACUUUUCUUUUUUUUUUCCUGGAAAGAAAACACGCGUUGUAAAAGGAAAAAUGUCAAUGAAAUUCGACGAUAAUAAGCUCCCCUACAUUGAUCUCGGGGAUGGGUAUAUUGUGCGAUUGGAGAAAGAUGAGAUUGAGGGAAAGACACGAGAGAAAGCCCUCGUGGAGCUACGCGAAACAGAAGAUCUAAAGCAAAAGAGCUUCACGCAAUUGCGCCAAUUGCUAGAAGAAGAGAAAGAUCUUUGCGUUCCCCUGGCGGAAGAUGAAUUUCUCGUUAAAUUCUUGCGACCAUGUAAAUUUUAUCCCGAAAGUGCCUUCGAAAGAAUGAAGAAAUACUACAAGUUCAAGAUCAAGUACAAGAAGUACGCCGAAGACCUCGUACCACGAAGUGUGCGGCAUGUUUUUGAGAAGGAAAUCAUCUACUUGAGCCCAUUGCGAACGAAGAAUGGCUGCAGAAUACUCAUUCUUGAAAUUAAAAAAUGGAAGUUGAAUGAAUGCUCUCUGGAUGAUAUCUUCAGAACUGUCGAAGUUUGUCUCGAAGCCGCCAUGGCGGAACCCAAAACUCAAGUGAAUGGUGUGGUUGUUAUUCUAAACAUGGACGGAUUGUCGCUAUCGCAUCUGACUCAAUUUAGCCCCUCAUUCGCCGCAAUGCUCCUCCACUGGGUGCAAGAAUGCAUUGGGAUCCGCCUCAAGGAGGUGCACAUUGUCAACAAUUCCUACAUUUUCAACAUGCUCUUUGCCAUCUUCAAGCCAUUCCUCACUGAAAAGCUCCGCAAGAGGAUUCAUUUCCUCAAUAAGGAUUUCAAGACCCUCUGCACGUACAUGGGCAAGGAGUGCCUUCGUCCACCCUAUGGAGGUACCCUUGUGGCACCUGAAGUGGAUGGAAAUGUCCUUGCAGAUCUAUUCCAAUUUCACAGCAAAGAAUAUGAAAUUGCCAAUACUUAUGGAUACAGCACUACUGGGAAAUAGAUGGUCAACAUACGUUUUUUUGUGAUAAGAUUCCAUGUUUCUUUUGCCAAAUAAGUUUACAUAAAAUAUUAUUUUUUUGUACGUUUAGCAGGUGCUAAUGUGAGGUGAAUGAAGGAAAAAUUGUAAAUACACCUUUUCUUGAAUAGAAAAUAUAAAUUUUUCUACCACAAA